AUGCCUAGGGCGCCGGCAAUUCAGGACGCCGGUCAGCUGGCCGUCCCCUUCCCCGGGCUCCUCCGGGAAGCCGCCCCUUCCUUGGCUGAAGCGAGCCGGAGAAGGCGAGCAGCGCCGCACCGAGAAACAACAUCGCUUCACCCGCCGCCGCUUCUACUAGCCCACUUGCUGAAGAAACAUGGAGUCACACGUGAGGCUUAUGCAACUCGAGUGGCGUCCGCCGCGGCCAAUGGAGGCUCCCCGAGCGGCGACGCGGCCCACACGGUAUGCAGAUGUGGCUUCGCCUCAGCCAAUCCCCGCCCGCCCGAGCGGGCUCCCUCAGGCACGGUCACGUUUCUGACGGUAUGAAGCCCGGAGUUUGCCGGGCUGUGAGGGGGCCGCUUCCCGGGGAAGGAAGAGGCGGCGGCGAGUGAGCCGCUGAGGGGAGAAACGAGGGAAGCGGCCGAGCGGAGGGGGUGGGCGAAGGAAGGACUACCGACCGCUCCCGUCCUUCUCCCCCAUCCCCGUUUCCGCCCCCGCGGAGCCCUCUCGAGGCAGGCAGCGUCACUCGUUGUAUAACCGGCGGCUUCCGCCAGGCGGGUCAGCCGCUCCUCGCGCCCGCCGCCACCGCCGGGGCUGUAGCGCGGGGGGCGCGGGAGCCUCGGUCAGGGUAAGCAAGCGGCGCUGGUGGUGUUUGGGGGGCGGGGAGGCCUGGCCUUUUCCCUGCCCGUCACACCCCCUUCCUGCGGGAGGAAAAGGGCGGCGGGACGGGGCAGCGCCGGUGGAGCCGAGGCUGCUCUUGUGCGCGGGAGAAAAUGCCUGGGUUGGCUUGGUUUCGUGGGGGGGGGGUCUCCUGCCUGUGUAUCGGUGGGAUGGAGGGGCUUAACUAAUCUGAACCAAGAGGAGGAGGAGGUUCCCACGUUUCCUCUUAUUCUGUGGCGUUUCGCUGUGCGGCAGGCGGGGGGGGGUCGUCUUUCUUUUCUCCUUUUUAAAUGGGAUUCAAGGAAACGAGGUGCUCGGGCAUGAAAAGCGGCGGUAUGAAGUACAGCAGAUAAUGUAGCUGCGUGGCUUUUGCGACCCCCACGUGGGGGGGGGGGGUGGGCGGCGGCGGCGGCAGCCGAAGGACACGUGGGGAUCGGGAUGCAGCGGAAGUUUUUAAGAAGUGGCCUCGCGCGUGCCUGGGUUGUGUAAGUGUGCUACUAAUAAUAAGGCUGCACGCCUCCUGAAAUGCACGCACCGGAGCGAGCCCCUUGGAGCGCCAACUGGAAUAAAAUAUUGGGGGGGGAGGGCAGGUGAGCCCCGCCCCGCAUAAUCGAUCACAUGACGUGGUGCGCGAACAGCAUUUGAAUGACUAUGCCCAUCAACUUGUGGAGGGGGCGGCCCCGUCAAAUAUUUUAUUGGGGGGGGGGGGCGAAGGCUCCUUGGAGUUGAUUACCAUGGGGGGUUGUAAGUGACUGACACUACCGGAUCGCUUAGGCCACCGCUGGGUCACUGGGCUGCUUUCCGUCUGUCAGUCGUGGCCAAACUCUGCAUAGGCUCCGUUGAAGGCAGUACUACACGCUUUGUACGUUGGGGGGGGGGCGGGAGGCGAGCUGUCAGGUAAGCUGCGCAAGGGUUGCCAGGGUGGCUUUCUCUAAUCCUUUGAGCCUAGCGUUAGGUGGUAGGAUAGAAUAAUGGUUUACACUUAAUGCUUCACUUGCGCUUUCAGUGAGCCAAGAUGUGUUUUUAAUUUUAGGUGCUGUAAAUUUUUCCCGUUGGCUGGUUGCAUGCCUUGUUAAUUUUGUACGGUCCCCACCCGCCCCCGCCUCCCAAGUUCAUUGCAGAAUGAUGUGAUGUAACUGAGAUUAGUUGUGUCUUGAGCAACAAGUCCCUAGGUUUAUGAUUGAUUAUGCAAAUGUUUGCUGAUGCUGAAUGGCUAUCAUUUUAGAUAGUGGUUAAAUUGGUCUGGAUUUUUAAUAGUUUUGAUUACAAAAGUGAUACAGUCUUUUAGUACUCCUCUGGUAAAUUCAGAGUGGUACACCUGCUUUAUUCAGAGAUAGUGUAUGGGCAGCAUAAGUAAAUGGGCAUUGUUGAGAAGGAAUGGCAAGUUAUAUAUUUUGCUUUCUCAAAAGACUUUAUAAUUUUGCUUUUUUAAACUAGUUUGGAUAGUAAACUUUCAUGUCACUCUCAUCUUUAAAAUAUUAAAACAUCCUGAUACUAGUAUAUGUGCAGCAGUAUAGUACUUCAAGAAAUACUGCAUUGAGUAAUUCUCAUUGGUUUGGGAUUUCAGAAUGUUAUUUGCAAGGAAAACACCUGCUGCAGCCUUUCCCAGUGAUGUAAAAUACCUUUAAGAACUUGUACUGUAGUCUAAUCCUAUACAGAAGUAAUUUUCACCUUAUUGAUAAGGCUUUUCCACAAGUAGAUGUGCAUAGGAUUGGAGCUCUAAUUGAUACAUCAUUUAUAGCAGGUGAUAGGUGGAGUUGAUUAGUAGUUGAAACUAGGUGAGAUGUUUUUAUCAGAAGUGAUAUUUCAAGUUUCUGCUGUGUUCCUUUAAGCAGGCGUGCUGUUUGUGUGCCUCUGACACAGUCAUUUAUGUAACUGUACUUGUGGCCUGGAAUUACAAGGAAGAACCUUGCUGCUUUUUAUGAAACACAGGAGUGGAAUUUUGAAAGCUCUUUAGUAGUAGAAAGACAAAUGUGGAACGGGAAACUUUUAAGAUGGUGGUCAUCUCUAGUACAAAAUGGGGAGCAAAUGAUGGGCAUUUGGGCUGAACAAAACUUAUUCUGUUAAAGGCUAGAAGGUGAUAUUUUCAGCAACUUCAGUAAAUUUGUAUGACAUCUUAUCUAUUUUUGUUGGCAAUUCUGUUCCUUUCUCCCAGUGCUCUUAUUUUCCCCCUACCCCCUAUACUUUGGGAUUCAUAUAUCCUGAAUCAAAAAGAGGCAAUCAUGUCAUGCUCUGCAAUAGAGGUUCUCAGGCUGUGAUCUACGAGGUCCAUUCAAGUGGCCCAUGGCAAGGUGGCAGAGUACUUGAGAAUACCUGUACUUGGCCAUGCACUUGAUUUAUUUUUUCUGAUGAUGGAAUUGAAGCUGUUCUGACCAGGCUUGGAUUUUCAUACAUGCUAACAAGGCCCUGGCCUGAGGCUUGUGGUUUUCAUAAUAAACCACUGGUGCAGUCUACUAUCCCCCCCCCCCCCGUUGAUUUCCCAUUAAAAGCCUUCUAGUUAGAGGUCUUUUUCAGUUGCCUGACUUAGGAUUCAUGAUUUUUUUUUGUAAUUCUGAGCUGAUUUUAACAAUGAUGUUGGUUCUGAAAGGCGGGGAAAGUUACUUUAUCUUUGCUUCCCCAAUUGUCAGAAGAUAGUGAACCAUAAGAGGACCCGGAUUUUUUAAAUGAAAACCUUGGUCAAAUGCUGUUUGAAAGUCCAUGACUAGAAUGUCUGCCAAAUAAUUCCCAUCCACAUUCUUGUUGACACUGGCAAAGAACUGAAAAGUUUGGUGAAGCAGGACUUUGCUUUGCAAAAUCCAUGCUGAUUCUUCUUUUUUGUGAGGUUUGUUCUGCUAUAUGUGUAUGCACUCUCUCUCUGUGUGUAAGUAUAUAAUAUUUAAGCUAAUUUGCCUGUCGUUUCCAAUACAUUCUGUCUUGUGACUUUCUAAUUCUUAGUUUUGUUGCCAAGUCUGAGAAUUUCAUCUGUUGUCACUGUUUCACUCUGCUCUUCAGAUACCAUUCCUGAAAUAAUGACUUCGAAUUGUAUCUUCUGCAGAGAAGACAGAUGCAAAUAACUCAUUCAACUUCUCUGCAAUGUCCCUUAUCCUUAAUCAGUUUUUUCUCUCCCUAGUUUCCCACUCUUAUCGUAUUUAAAUGUGUUGGCCUUAAUGUAUAGAACACUUAUUUUCUCAGUUUUGACAGAAUUUGUGGAGCCCUUUUGUUUCAUCAUUUGGACAAGACUUUACACUGAAAUCCAAUAUAAUUAAGGGGUUAAAGUGUCAGAUUCGGGGCAGGUCAAAUAACAUCUUUAAUUUACCCUUUCAGCUUCCUUUUAUGAAAACCCUUACCUCAUUUGUAAGAAUGGUUCUCUUUUGAAAACAAAUGUUACAAUAUUGGUGUUUCUUGACAGCUUUUCAUUUAAACAUACAUUGAACAUACAGAAGCAUAUGAUAGAAAGGACAAGUAGAGGAUUGGUCAUAGACCUAUUUAUGUGCAAAGAUGAUUUUAGUAACAAAUGUAGCUUGCUCAUAGCUGAGUCAGUGAAACCAUUUUGUCGUUAAGCUAUUAUGUAAACACAUGGCACAUAACUAUGACAGACUGGUUUUCAUUGCCAAAAAGGCCUAGUUGCUAAGUAACAUAGCAACAAGCCAAUUAAUUCUUAUAGUAUCUGUAGUGAAAAUCUGGAGAUGGUUAUGAGAUAGAAAGAUGUGUCUGCUGUUGAAGACUAUUGGCAAACUGUGAGUGCAGUUCUGUUUACCAGCAUUUGCUGAUCUGGUUCCCCCCAGAUAUUUUGGAUUACAACUCACUUCAGCCCCAGCUAGUAAGGUUGUGCAUGAGUUGUAGUACAAAACAUCUGGAGGGGUCCAGGUUGGCAAAAGCUGCCAUACCCACUUACCUGGAGGAAAGCUCUUUUGAACUCAAUGAGACCUAUUUCUGAGCAAAUAUGCACAGCUUUGCAGUGUCUGUUAAUGAUGGUUAUAAUGAACAGGACAGUGGAGCCCCAUGUUACAUACCGUCCUCAUUACAAAUACUUCAGGUUACUAGCUCCACUAACCCGGAAAUAGAUGCUCCCGGUUGCGAACUUUGCCCCGGGAUGCGAGCGGAAGUUGCAUGCCGGUAGCACAGCAGGAGUGGGAGGUGCCAAUAGCGAAAGUGCGCCUCAUGUUCAGAACUGUUUUGGGUUACACACAGACCUCCGGAACGAAUUAAGUUCAUAACCGGAGGUACCAUUGUACCUGGUAGGGAUGCAACCUUUGUUCUUAAGUAUAACUGGGGGCAAUUUAACAGAUCUGUUACAUCUCCACUUUAUUUCUCUUGAGGAAUGCAAAUAAAAAUGGUGGAACCAUUUGAAGUUUAGAAAAGUUUAGUUUUUCUUGAUUAAGCAGGAAAUGGUAUUAGAAUAUUAACUUGCAUUAAAUGCUUGAUGUUGCAAACCUGACUAGGAGACUUGGAUUUUCAGGAGAGAAGUGCUUGGUCAGUUCCUACAAGAGGUAUGAAUACCUCUAUUAAAAAAAAGUGGCAUGUUAAAAUGUUAGCCAUGCCUGAAUGUACCAUGAUCACUCUUCUUCCUAAAAAACAAAUGUUGAUGCAUUAAUUUCUAAUAUGCAUCUUCCUUAUUUACCGGUAAAUCCCUGUCCCAGUAACUGGAACAAAUAUGGUUAUGUUGUAAGGCUUGGCUGGAGGCAGUGUGUUAUUUCUGAGUUUUAGCUGGAAGCAUGUAGUGGUCAGCACUUUUCUAGUAUAAGGUGCUGGUUAGUUGUCAAUUUCAUAGUUGCACUGUGGUGUUAAGAAAGCAAAUGUGCUGCAUAUAAUUGUCCAUAUUUUAUUUGAAUUGUACUGUGGGAGUGAUUGAAAAUAAAUAAAUCUACACCUGUUACUAUGACAGAAAGUCGUCAACAGGUUUACCACAUCUAUCAGCCAAUCACCCAUUCCCACCACCCUUCUGAGUAAUACCCCUCCCCACCCUCCCACUAUAUAUAAGGGUCUGGUGACUUCUGUUUCAGUGUAUCUGAAGAAGUGUGCAUGCACACGAAAGCUCAUACCAAUAACAAACUUAGUUGGUUUCUAAGGUUCUACUAGAAGGAAUUUUUUUUUGAAAGUUUGUUUGGAUUUUUUCAUUGCAAAAACUGCCAAUUUACAACUGUCUUUGUUAAUGCUACAGGUGCGACUUCUGCUCUCUUCUAAAGAACCGUUUGACUGACUCGAAGCCCGUGAAAAAGGUGUGUCCCCUAAAGCAGAUGCUUGGUAUGUUUUCAAUCUUUAAAAUCCUUAAUUCUUAAUUUACUAUAAUAAGAACACACACCCCCCCACACACACAUACAUCUGAUACCUUGGUGACUGAGUAGUUUAGUGGAACUCACAUCCUCUUAAAGUAUGCUUAGGAAUUAGUCUAAAUGUUUUGAAUUUUUUGUUUAAUGAAAAAGUUUUCAUGUAUUGUAAUUUUUUUCUGAUUUCUUGGUUUUAUCUUUUUGGAAACCGCUUUGAUUUUUUUUUACGAUCAAGUGGUGUAUAAAUUUUAUUAAAUAAAUAAAAUAAUUUUAAAAAAUUGCUAGUGUGUGUGUUUUGGGGGGAAUAAGUACUUUCCUUUGUAAAUACCACACUGGUCUUAAAAUGCUAUCUGCUCUUGAGCUCUGAUUAAUUCUAUAUCUGUUAGAAACUAUUUUAUAGUGUAACAUUUUUUGGAUUUCAUGGGUACUUCUGUAUAAACCUAGUUUAAGUUGUAAUGCCUUUUCCCCCUUUUCAUACCUUUUGUUCCAGAGUUAUUAAAAAAUACAUCAAGAGGUUGCUUGAAAAAUCCACUUGUCAGUGAAAAAUCUAAUUGGAAACUAUGAAGGUCUAAGGACAAUCAGAUCUUAGUGCUCUUUUGUAAAUGAAAGGCUAAAUAGUUAUUUGUUACAGGGUUGGCAUAACUGACCAUCUUCGGCAUUUAUGUGCUUCCAAAAUAUUUGUAGAGAACAUCAUUGCAGUGGGAUUCCAGGUAUUUCUCUUAUAUUUUAUAGUUCUAGAGGUGUCCGGAUCCUAAUGGCUGAGAAUUAACAUUAGAAGAGGAAGAAACAAGGUUUAAGUGCAUUGCAUUCUGGACCUAGGUUGUGCUUUUUGAUGCUAGCUGGGAGGGACCGUGAUGUAUGGUACAUUUAUGCCAACCUUUCUUUUUAAAAUAUAAGGUAAGGCAUGACAGUUGUAUUUCAUAAUGUGAUCCCAGUAGCUGACCAUAUCUCUCAAUAUAGAUUUAUGGCUCUGCAGAUACUUAUAUCCAAUUAUUUGCUUAUUCCCUCUUGUUAUUUGCUGCUGUUUGGUUCAAGGCUGUUUCUUGGUGUAAGAGGAAUAGUACAGUAAGUUUCAUAAUAGAAAGUAUCCAAGUAUGGCUAGCAGUAGUAAUGUAGUUAAAAAAGGUAAAGGACUCCUGACAGUUAAGUCCAGUCGCGAACAACUCUGGGGUUGCGGCGCUCAUCUCGCUUUACUGGCCGAGGUCAAUAUGGGUCAAUAUGUAAAAUGUCUAGAAAAUUCAGUUAGGGUAUAUAAACCUUUGGUUCAUCAGGGUUAUAUUAAGUCUCCUAAAUGAGACUAACUCUGAAAGCACUUUUGGACAAUUUCUCUAACCUUCCAUCAUUUAUAUAGAAAUGGUGAACCAGAAAAUCUAAAGUGAUUAUGUACCAUAUGACCUGCAACAAUAUACUAAUUUUGUUAAUAGAACCAGAAUAUUAACACAUUUUUUCACAAUUAAUAUUUAUGGGGUUAGAUGCAAACUAUGUUGUAUGCAUUUAAGAUCUGCUGACUUCGGUGGUACCAAAGUGUGACUAACUUCAUCUAGAUUCAGCCAGUAGUUCUUUGCAUGCUCAUUCAACAAAUGUUUUUCUUCCUCCUAGGUGAACUCAGAUGUAAAAUUUGA